AUGGAGAAGACCAUGGAGAAAGGCACGGCACCCGAGCUUGACACUGUCACGGGGGUCCAGACGAGCAAUGGAGAGGCUCUUGCCAUGAUCGAUCCGGCGAAGGAGGCCAAGAUGAUGCGGAAGUUCGAUUUCUAUGCUGUCGGACUCCUCGGUAUCCUUUACAUGAGCAACAUUGGAAACGCAAAUAUUGCUGGUUUGCCCGAAGACACUGGACUCGUUGGCAACCAGUACGGAACUGCAGUUACUCUUCUCUACGCAACUUAUGUGCCGUUCGAAGGUCCAGUUGCCGUGCUCCUGAAGAUCAUUGGCCCCAAGUACUUACUGACAGGCUGCUGCUUCUGCUGGGGCAUGGUGUGCCUGUGUACUGCCUUCAUCGAGAACUGGCAAGGACUCUAUGCCUGCAGAAUGCUGAUCGGAUUCUUCGAAGCUGGACUCAUUCCCUGCAUUAACGUAUACAUCGGUUUGAUCUACAAGAAGUCGGAAAGGGGCAAGAGAUCAGCAGUCAUCUUCGCAUUCUCUGCUCUCGCCAGUGCCUUCGGCGGCAUCUUCGCUUUCGCCCUCACUCGAAUUCAUACGGGUACUUACUUCUCGACCUGGCGAUCUCUCUUCAUCAUCGAAGGGAUCAUCACCAUUCUGGUCUCCCCAGCGUUCUUCUUCCUAUUUCCCGACACCCCAACCACCGCUUGGUUUCUUACACCAGAGGAGAAAGAGUUGAUGAAGCUGCGAUAUGAAUUGAACCCCCAUUGGGGACACGACGAGGAGUUCAGCUGGAAAUCCGUUCGAGCUGCGCUCACUGAUCCCAAAUUCUUCGCCUUUUGGAUCUUCCAGUUCUCCGUCGACAUUUCCCUCUAUGGUUUCACGACUUUCUUGCCUGCGAUCAUCAAGGGGCUUGGAUACACCUCGAUUAACGCGAACCUCCUGACUGUGCCAAUCUACUUCUGGGGUCUGCUCACGUUCGGGUUCACGGCAUACAUGUCGGACAAGACGGCCAACCGCGGUUAUUGGAUUGGUGGGCCCCUUCUCUGCCUGAUUGUUGGCUAUGCCAUGUUGAUCUCAGUCGAGAAUCUGGGAGUGCGAUAUUUCGCCUGCUUCAUCACCGUCAUGGGUAUCUACCCCACCACAGGAAUGAGCAUUAUGUGGCUCAGCGACAACGUCGCCCAACACUUCAAGCGUGCUACGAUGGUGGGAGGCACGCUCACGCUGGGAAAUACCGCAGGAGUGGCAGUCGGUCAAAUAUUCACAUCGGCGGACAGCCCGAGGUACAUCAAGGGCCUUUCCAUCUCUAUGGGUCUGGCUGCUGUCGCUCUGGUCAUGGUCGCGUCCCUAAUGGUUGGCAUGCACAUGGUCAACAAGAAACGCGAGGCCAAGAUCAGGGCCGCGGAGGAGGCUGGAACCCCCCUGCCCGAACGCCCCGAGGAGGGUGACUAUGAUGUUCACUUCAAGUAUAGCUUGUAG